CUUAGGAAACUGUCAAACAAAAAAAUGUAACGGAAAACGAAAUCACAAAUCAAAAAAAUUACAAAUCCACUCAAAAUUAUUAUAUUGUAGUCUUCGAAUUUUUCAAAUUUAUACGCAAAUGCAUUUCAUUACUUUUGUUCUUUUGGUACUCAGUGCCGGUUCGACGUGUAAGGCCUUCCAAGUUCAUUAUUUGCAUCAAGGGGAAAAAUACUCUGCUGGAACUCAAAGGGUGCCUCCAGAAUUUCAUAUUUUUUGCUAUGUGGGGAAGCCGAAAUAUUUAAUACACAUUUGGCAAAGUGUCAUACUUCAGGUGGAUCAUAUAUCUGGUGAUUAUACUCAAUUUGAAGGCACUUCACCUGAUGUCGUUUUGGAAGAAUUUAAUGCAAAUAGAUACAGCUGGAAUUUUAACUUAUUUACAAACAAGCAAAAGCAGAUGCAUUUAGAUCCAUUUAACAAGAGCUGCAUUGGAAUUGACAGCAGGGAUAAUUACACAGUGACUUUAAAUGUUAUCAGAAUUGAUUACUGGAAAUUUCUUUUAUUACUGGGGGGCAUCACACUUUUUCUCUCAGCAAGCAAAUUAAGCAGAAACACUUUAUUUUAUUACAUAUGUGGCAUUUCGCUUGGAAUUUGUACUUCUUUCCUUAUUCUCAUUUAUUUAAUUAGCAGACUAUUCCCCAGGAAACCAAUAAUGUAUGGAGUGGCCGCGUUUGGAUGGUCGAUAGGAAUCUACCUUAUACAACUUUUAUGGGAUAACGUCCGUGUCAUUUUACUAAAUUACAAAAUUUACGUAAUAUGGUAUACUCUAAUAACUGGCUUUCUAAGUUUCAUAAUUUGCUAUAGAUGGGGCCCSAUAGAGAACGAGAGAAGCCGCAAUUUAAUCCGUUGGGCCCUCCAAGGGGUYGGUCUAAUCGCAAUGUUUUUCAGUACCCAAUUUCAGGAAGCYGCAAUGGGUCAAAUCAUUGCGCUUUUGUUAUUUCAUAACGUGCCAUCAACGUGGCUUUCAAAGCCAAAAACAUACUGGAAAAAAAGAUUUCCACCUAAAAUUAAGCCAAUAACAAAUGACGAAUAUUAUGAACAAGGAGUUAGAGAAACGGCGAAAGCCUUAGACGAUUUGAGAAAAUAUUGCUCAAGUCCUGAGUGUAAACAAUGGCAAGUGGCUAUGAAAUUGAAAGAUGUCAAAAGAUUCGCGUCGUUUAUUGAAGGGAACUCGCAUUUAAGUGAUGAAGAAAUUCUAGAGUAUGAAACGUCGAUCCAUACAACGGAUUUAACAGACGAUGAAAGUGAAUACACAGAUGAAGAGCAGUGAUUUUAAGACUGACAUUUGGUUAUUUAUUUAUUUAGUUCUUAAAAACAUUAAUAUUGUAAAAAUUGUAAAAUACAAUUUAUUUUUACUUAAAGCUUCCUUACCUAAGGCCACAAAAGUAAAAUAAAAACUUAAUUAGUGUAA